UAAGAAGAGAGGUCUAUGAAAGGUUUUGAUUCAUACUCCUAAAAGAAUGGGAAAGGUCACAGGCAAAGUAGAAGAAGAAGAAGGUGAAGCUAUUGAAGCUCUGGGUUCUCUCUUCAAGCUUACUCAAAUCCAUCUAUGGGUCGAUACAGAUACUCCUCUCUUCCAUGAACACAGUCGUAUAUCCCCAAACAAGAGUGUUGAUGGAAUUACCAACAUGGGAUUGAUGAAAGAGAUGAAUGAUCUUGGUCUUCCUGUUUCCUUUCGAGCAAGCAAAGAGUGGAAGAACAGAACAAGAGGCUAUCAAAAGAAAGGAAUCAAGGAUCGAUUAGACGACGAGGUUAAUGUUAUUCUCAAAGAAGAAGAAGAAGGCAAGGAUGUAGCAUCCAAUGUAGUUUUGGUGUCUGAUUUGAAGACUCCAGGUGAGGAGGGUGACAUACCGUCUUUGGAGGACAAUUGUGUUCAAAUAAUUGUAGUCGAAGAAGAAAAUCAUGAAGUUGUUGUAGAGAGAUGUAUUUUGGGAAAUGGAGAUGGAGACUCUGUGUUGGCAUCAGAGACAAGAGAGUCUCAUGACUCUAAUGAAUGGAAAGUGUACUGGGAUUCAUUCUAUGGACGAAGUUAUUUUUACAAUGUUAAGACACAAGAGUCCACAUGGGAGCCGCCACUUGGGAUGGAGCAUCUAGCUUAUAGCGAUGAAUGCCAUAACUUGAAUGAAUUGGUUAUAGAGACAACAGAGAAGCAUCAUGAUGAUUUGUGUGGAACUGGACCUGACGAUGAUGUUUCCGUUGAAAAAGCUGAUGAUGUUCCCGCUGAAAAAGCUGAUGAUCUUGUUGGAGUUUGUCAAAGUCAAUUUGAAACAGAAGCCACAGAGGAAGUUAACAGUUCGAUUGAUACAUACCAAGAAACUUCCAUUGGAAAUCAAUCUUUGGAUAUUACUACUCUUGAUGAAGAAGGAAACGGUGCAUAUGUUGUCAGUUCCGUUAGGAAGUCUAAGAAAGAGUCCAGAAGAUCUCGAGCCAAAAAGAAAUUACUCAAUUCGUACACAGGGACUGGAAUGAAAGGUGUUCUUGAAGAAUAUUCUGCAAUCCUUGGCAAGUAUUGGUGCCAGAGAUACCUCCUCUUCUCCAGAUUUGAUGAAGGCAUCAAAAUGGAUGAGGAAGGAUGGUUUUCUGUCACUCCUGAACCUAUAGCUAAGCAUCAUGCCACACGCUGUAACGAAGGCAUAGUCAUUGACUGUUUUACAGGAGUUGGUGGAAAUGCUAUUCAGUUCGCAUCAAGGCGUCACUAUGUGAUUGCAAUUGAUUUGGAUCCAAAGAAAAUUGAUUUAGCACAGCAUAAUGCUGCCAUAUAUGGUGUUGCUGAUAAAAUCGACUUUGUGAAGGGAGAUUUCUUUGACUUGGCGCAUGACUUGAAGGCAGGCACUGUAUUCCUGUCACCUCCUUGGGGAGGCCCUGAUUAUCUUAAAGUGAGUACAUAUGAUAUGAAGACAAUGUUGAGACCUCGUGACGGAGAGGCUCUAUUUAAGGCGGCCAUGAACAUUGCGUCAACAAUCAUUAUGUUUCUUCCAAGAAAUGUUGAUAUUAACCAAUUGGCAGAACUAGCCUUGUUGACAUCUCCUCCAUGGUCACUAGAGGUAGAGAAGAACUACUUAAAUGGGAAGCUGAAGGCGAUAACAGCGUAUUAUGUCAGACAACAUAGUUGUUAGAACUUAGAAGAGGAAAGUGAUUCUUCUCACACAUUCAAUGCAAGAAGGCCACAAAUAACAAAGGUAUCGUGCAAUCUGCAUUUGUGUCAGCUUGUUGAAUCCAAGUAGAUGAAAAUUGAUUUGUGACCAUAGGUUAUGAGUUUGUAUGUACAAAAUGUUUUUUUUUUGUAAACUCUGGGUUAAUCCCAUUCGAUAUAGAACUCAUAUUCAGCAAUUUUAUGUUAUAUAUCACUCAUUACUUAAACUGUUAGUUGAAAAUGAAACGAAACGAGAUAUUUGUCCA